CAGAGAAAUCUCUUUCCAAGUGAGAAUUGAAUUCUAAUUCUUGAGCACAUCGCCAUCGCCACUAUAUAAAACCAUGGCUUCAACUCCCCAUUAUCCUGCACCUUUCAUUUCCAUGUCCACAAAUUUAUCCCCCAUUUCCAAGCCCCUUUUCUCUCCAUUCAAGCCUCGCAACCUCUGCACUUUCUCCAUGGCCGCUUGUAUUCACUCUUCCAGAACAGAAGCUCCCAAUUCCCAGACAAACUUGACUCAAUUCGACGAUCAGGUCUACAACUACGUCAAAUUCUGCCGACCUACUUUCCCGGACCUGGUCUCUUGCGUCCCCUUUUCCGAGAACCCUUCCCGCCGGGAUGAUGAUGUGUGGCUGAGGAUGAAGGACGAGGCUAUCUCCGAUGUCGAGGAAGAGCCUAUCUUGUGCGGUUACUAUUAUUCCUCGAUUUUGGAUCACGAUUCGAUUGAGAGCGCUCUGGCGAAUCAUCUCUCUAUGAAGCUAAGCAAUUCCAGCCUUCCAAGUGGGAAAUUGUGCGAUCUUUUCCUGGCGAUUCUCGCGGAGGAUUCGGAGAUUAUUAGGGCUGUGAAAGCGGAUUUGAAAGCCGUGAAGGAAAGAGACCCAGCUUGUAUCAGUUACGUUCACUGUUUCUUGAAUUUCAAAGGGUUUUUGGCGGUCCAAUCGCAUCGAGUGGCGCACCAGCUAUGGUCGCGAGGGCGGAAGACUCUGGCCCUCCUGAUUCAGAAUAGGUCGUCGGAGGUUUUCGCCGUCGAUAUCCACCCCGGCGCAAAAAUAGGGCGGGGGAUUUUGUUCGACCACGCCACCGGGAUCGUCGUCGGAGAGACGGCGGUGAUCGGGGACAAUGUGUCGAUUCUGCACAACGUCACGCUCGGCGGCACCGGCAAGGUUAGCGGAGAUAGGCACCCCAAGAUUGGCGAUGGGGUUUUGAUAGGCGCCGGGACUUCCGUACUGGGGAACGUUAAAAUUGGGGAUGGGGCGAAGAUCGGCGCCGGCUCGGUGGUGCUGAAAGAUGUUCCGGCCAGGACAACGGCGGUGGGAAAUCCGGCGAGGUUGAUCGGAGGGAAGGAAAAUCCGGUAAGGCAUGAUAAGAUGCCUAGUUUAACCAUGGACCACACUUCAUAUAUUUCUGAAUGGUCCGACUAUGUGAUCUAGAUUGAAUUUUUUUUUUCUUCCAAAUUUUGUGACAAUUUAGGCUCUGUGUGAUAUUAGAUACUAUUUGGGCCACAAGGAAUUUAGUUCAUGUGUUGAAUGGAGGGAAUUAUGUUCCCGUUUACUUGAUGACUUUGCUUAGCAUAAUAUGAUAAGAUAGUCCCUAUUAGGUACAUUUGGAAAUGUAAUCGCAACAUAUAUAGUAUGUGCUUUACAUAAAUUUGAAACGCAAUUGCCCUUUUAAGAAUA